AUGCCACUGCCUCUCUCGAGGAAAUGGUCAAUCGUCGCGCACGCGGCGAACCCCUGCAAUACAUCUUGGGGUGUUCACAAAUCCCUGCUGGAUCUUGGGACAGGCUCAGGGUGCAUUCCCCUCCUUCUCUGCCGUCUCUGGCCACAGGGGAGCUUGAGCGCAACUGGCGUCGACAUCUCGCCACACGCACUCAGCUUGGCCAACGAAAACGCUGCCCUUUGUGGCAUUCCGCCACGGUCGGACUCUAUGACACCACGAAACACCUUUAGGACGUCUCUGGCGAAUUUCCUUGCUAAUGACUUCCCUGGGACCCACCUCUCUUCGGCGCUUCCCAUCGAUAUCCUUAUCUCAAAUCCUCCCUAUAUCCCCUGGGACGAGUAUCUCGAGCUCCCAGAAUCGGUCGUCAACUUCGAGGAUCCGAAGGCACUCUUCGGAGGGCCGUCUGGUCUGGAGCACUAUGAAGCCAUUGCCCGGCUACUAACGCGCCCAGGGGGUAUUCGACACGGUUCAGUUCAUUGCUUGAAGCUUGAUUCUUGGUAUCCUGUUGUCCCAAUGUCUAUCCUAGGACUCUCGUCUUUCAUCAGAGCACACGCAGCUCGCCAUGCAUCCAUCCCAGGAUCCCACCGUCACCCAGCGCAUCCUAGAACACCAUCCCUAUCCAUUCGACUUCUCGAAGUCACCUAUCCACAAGCUCGCAGGACGAGUAUCAACCCGCGAAGCUUCUGGGUGUUCCAUACUACCUCCCGAGUUGUGGGCUGA